CCGUCACCCAGGAACCAGAGGAGGGGAGGCCGCUCUGAGCAAGAUGGCGACCCGCGAUGAAGCAGGAAACACAUUCGGUUUUGUGUAAUUUUCCUCGGUGUAGAGCCUCUGCGGGACGGUGUAUGCUGGAGGAAGGGUGAGAAGAGUUUCUGGAGAACCUGGACUGAGCGGAUACGGACACUCUAAAUGGCUGCGAGGAAGUCUGGAUCAGAUAUCCACAAUAAUGGACCGAUCAGCUACCUUGAUGAUGUUCCUUUCAAGCUCAAUGAGAAGUUUCGCUGCCCAGCUAAAGUGGGUCUACCCAUUGGCUUCUGUUUGCCCGACUGCCAGUCUUUACUGUCACAGACACAGUAUGACUUCUCCUUGGAGAAACUGAGCGCACGCUGGGGUGAGAACCUGGCCAAGGCACGAGCUGACGAGGCUCAGGCAGCAGAGUUAAGACAAGCGGAAUCUGAGAAAGACAGGCAGGCUGCCUCACAGGACAGUGACUCUGGAUUAGCCCAUUCUGCUGAAGAACAGGACCUCCUCCCGCCUGCGCUGAAUCCUGUCCUGGCAGGUCUCCGGCACAACGCCAUCCUGACCCCGCUCCCCGCCCCGAGCUUUGGACCAGCACAACCAGCGCCCAACAACCCAGCCCCCCAGAGCCUGAACCUGGCUGACUUUGAGCGAGAGGAGGACCCCUUCGACAAGCUGGAGCUCAAAACGCUGGAUGAUAAAGAGGAGCUGCGUAGCAUCCUUCAGAGCCAACCACAGUCCUCUGUCUCAGCUCCUGAGCCCACUCCUCCAGAACCUCACCCUCCCUCACAGAGCAACACCCCACCUCUGCAGGUCAAAUCAGCCCUCUUCCAUAAACCCAACGGGCUGGUAGGGUUGUUGGACUUGGAGCGUCCGGGUUCUGGGGGCGUUGCGAUUCCCAGAGGACAGAUUGACGCCGAUCGCCCCUGCAACAUUCGCUCUUUAACUUUCCCCAAGUUGUCGGACCCAGGGGAUUCUCCCUCAGAGCCCCCUCUUAACCUGUACCCAGCACCCACUCCACGCAGCCUCCCGAACGGUACCCCACCGUCGCUGCUGAGAUCAACAGUACACUCUAAUAAUUCUAUCUCUGGAGAACUGUCUACACACGCCCAGAAUGGAACACCAAAGCAGUCACACCCUGUCCCCGCGUCUGUCCCUCCCUCAUACCAAACACCAGCCAGCGGGGUGCUCCUCAGCCUGUCCCCCAGCGAGCGGCAGUGUGUGGAGACCAUAGUGAGCAUGGGCUACUCUUACGAGGGGGUUCUCAAAGCCAUGCAGAGACAGGGGCAGAACGUCGAACAGAUUCUGGAGUACCUUUUUGUUCACGGUCGACUGUGUGAGCGAGGCUUUGAUGCCACUGCUGUGGAAGAGUGUUUGGAGAUGUACCAGUGCUCUGAGGAAAAGGCCCUGCAGUUUCUUCAGCUGAUGUCUCGGUUCGGCGAGAUGGGUUUUGAGAGAGACGCCAUUAAAGAGGUUCUGAUUGUGCACAAUAACGAUCAGGACAAAGCUCUGGAGGACUUGAUGGCCCGUGCUGCUGCAAGCUGAACCAGAGAGCUGUCUCCUCCUAGAGCCACCCUUUCCUUUGCCCCUCAACACUGCGACCACAGAGAGACAGAAGAGCGAGAGAGAGAGAGAGUGAAGGAAACAGAGGUAGGGGUGUAGGCUGUGGGACAGGGUCUCAGACAGGAUUAAUAAAUAUGUACCCCUUAAACAUCAUAAGCCCUUUGAGGCAGGGUUUGACUGGACCGUGCAGUGCCACCUUCAUCCCGCCUCAGCUAUAACCCUGAGAAGUGAUCUUAGAGUGGUUGUGGGUGAAAGGAGACUGAGCCUCGUCGGUGGAGCAGCAGCAGCAGCAGCAGGGUUUGCUUGUUUCUCCGUCGCCGUGGAUUAGGGGGCGGAACUGGCAGAUUAUUGGGUGGAGCUGAAGAGGGAGACGGAGCCCAGUGGGAGCCCAGUUCCACAGGACAUUGACUCACCACUCACAGCUACAAAGCUGCCAUCUAUCGCUGCUGGGCGCAGGCUUUCAAAACUGAUGGGAACUUUAUACAUAAACACACACGUACAGAAAUACAUACAUACAUGCAUACACACACACACACACACACACACACAUGUUUAAACAGAGAACUCAAAGAAGUGCCCUCUCUGUUUCUGCUACUGACUGGCUUUCAUUUUCUCCGAUCUGUUCCUGCUGUUUGUUUUUUUCCCCCUUGUUUAAUCAUAUGUUCAUUUUGUUGAGCUGUUUAAUAGGCAAGAACAUUUUUGGGUUCAUUUUGUCAUUUUAGAGAUUCUCAGAUUCUGUUUCUUCGCCUUCUGUUAUAGGAACUUGAUUAACAGGACUAAAUACCACAGUAUAUGUUUGGAGAUAAAAGACAUGAUGAGAAAAAGACGAGAAAAGGAAAACUGGUUGGCUUUUGCACUGGAAUGGACAGCACGUUUAAUGGAAAAAGAGAGAACGAAAAGUUGUGAAUAAGUGAAAAUGGAAAUGCAAUAUUUAAACGUCAAAGCAUUCUCAUAAAAAUGACAUGCAAGUCUGGAAACUGCACAGGCACACCGAAUCACAGAUAUUAAUAUAAACUUAUUUAAAUGUGUUCAAAGAUACACUGACACUUUCAAUCUGUAAUAAAAUAAAGACUUAGAAAUGA